GAAGAACACACGUUCUUCAUUUCCUAUCAACCCAGCCCUUCAGCCCUAUAAGGUUUCCAUAUUUCACUCGACAGUAAACUGGUAGUAUUGAUAGUGAGAAUGGUGAUUUCUCAUGAAAUGGGCGGCCAGAAGGCAGUGAAGGUGAUGGGAAUUUUGAUGGUGCUAUCAUGGGCCCAAACAACAAUGGCUGCCAUAGACUGCAGUACCGUGACAGCGCUGGUCUCCGCCUGCUCCACCUUCAUCACCUACGGUGCCCCAGACCCCAUCCCUGGCUCCCCUUGCUGUGAUGCAGUGGUGGGCCUCAACAGCAUCGCGGACUCCAUUGAUAACCGGCGAUCAGUUUGCCGGUGCUUAAUGAGCCUCAUUGCUACUUACAAUCCUAAUGCUACUGCCAUAGCUACAUUGCCUGGGUUCUGUGGCAUCUCUCUCGGCUUCAAUCUUGAUCCCAAUACUGACUGCAACUUGGUGGAUGGUGCGGCAUCUAAUGAGUGAAAGGGUGACAGCAGAUUGAUGGCCAGAGACUCACAAUAAGAAAAGCUUGUAUCAAGCUGCAGUGGGCAGGAGUUUUAAAUUUUUAAUAAAUAAAUCAACUUUUUUUU